UGGAGACACUCAGGACCAACCUCCCCACAAAGAAAGCCUCCUGUAUUUAGCCCAGGGAGAUUGACUAAGCGUCAAACCAAACCAACCAGAAUGCAUCAUACUACACAUAAGACAGUAUGCAGAAUGCUUCAGACAUGAUUCUUCCACUCCAUUAAUGGGUGUUUGAGUUGGACAGAGUCCAUUCUGAAAUGGAAGAGCUAAGCCAGAGUAGCUUGCCCCAUACUCUGCUAUUUUUCAGCUCAUCAUCCAUCCUCAGAAUGCUUUCUCUUUUCCGCUCACAGCACUCAGUCGCUACCUGUUACUGCAAAUUGGCUAGGAGGCAAAGCCAAGGGGUGGUGUUCAUUCCCCGUGGAUUUUUGUUUUCUUAAUCACUCAGUGCCAGCACUGAGGUUGCACUGGGAUGAGUAAGAGCCUCUUCCGUUUUGCUCUGGGCCACUUUCCUCUUGAUCACUCACUGCCUCUUGUUGCCGGCCUGACCUAGAUAUGGCACUAGGUAGAGAAGACUGCCUGGCUUUGGUGCUGUCCAGACUUGGAUCCCAGAUCAGGAGAAAGCGGCGGAAUGUGAAUGCUGAUGCAGACCAGAAGCCUGAAGUUUCUCCCCCUUUCAGCCCAAGGUCUUUCAGCUGUGAUUUCCAGCACAGGAUAGCGACAGAUGGAGAAAUCCAACCGAUUUUGAGGAACUGGUGCAGUAAACUUGUGAGCCGACCACACUCCUGGCAUUCAGCCAAAUCUGGAGAGGACCAGACUGAUGCCAGCAUGAUGCAAAUAUCUCAGGGCACGAUUGGUACUCCUUGGCACCAAAAUUAUCAUUCCAGUUCCUCCGCAAAUGAUGUCUCCAACUAUAACCAUGCCUUUCCAAGAAGGAGCCCCGAUCAGUACAGCUCCCAGGGAAGCAUGGAGAGUUUGGAGCACAAUGGCAACUAUCCUCCCUGCCAUCCCCUCUCUCCUGCCAAGUCCACUAGCAGCAUUGAUCAGCUUGCCCACCUCCACAACAAGAGAGACUCUGCUUAUAGUUCCUUCUCUACCUGUUCUAGCAUUCUCGAGUAUCCCCCCACCAGCUUUUCUGCUCAGGAGUGUUCAGACACGGUGGCCACAAUACCUGCACAAGGCAACCUGUUGGAAGGAAUGAGACAGGCUGACAUCCGGUACGUCAAGACAAUCUAUGAUACCAAGCGGGGUAUCUCGGCAGAGUAUGAGGUGAACUCUUCGGCAUUGCUUCUCCCCAGUGGAGAAUCCCAAGAAUCAGUGGAUGACAGGUGGCAUAAUCAUCCCAAAGGUGGCAGGAUGCCACUGCUACCCUGGAACCAACAGUACUGCACUGCCCACGAAGUGGAGUCCAACAACGUAAACCACAAAGUGGGUGCUCCCAUGCCCCCAACCCGGAGUGGAAGCUAUGCAGUUUUCAGGCAUUAUGAAAGGCCUGGCUCCUGGUCUAACCUUGAGCACAACAGGUAUGGCCGGCCCCAAUCAAGCUUCCCCGGAUCCCUAAAGACUUCAUUUCCAGAAGAACAUUUACACACUCUCCUCGAAAAAAGCCCAGAGAAUAGUCCCCCAGUGAAGCCCAAGCAAAACUACAUCCAAGCACCCCAACCAGGCCAGCCAUUGCUCCCUACCAGCAUCUACCCUGUACCUUCCCCUGAACCACACUUUGCCCAGAUGCCCCAGCCUUCUGGAAGCAGCAAUGGGAUGUUAUACCCAGCACUUGUCAAGGAACACGGUUAUCCUGCCUCACUAAGCACUUGUGACAAGAUGGUUACUCUUGAGAAUGGGAAUCAGAAUGACCCCAGCAAGUCUGCUGCAAUUUUCUACCAGGCCCCAGAGGAUAUUUCAGCACCUCUGGUGGAAAAACCAGAAACCAGAGACAAGUUUUCCCCAUACAAGCCACAUUUCACAUCGGAGCCUGAGAAACUCAGGGGCACCUCCCUGAGGAAAGAUGAGCCAAGGAUUUUGGAAGGCAACAAUAUGCUCCCCAAUGGGAGAGAAAGCAUGCAUGACAGUACACAUCACAUCCCCCAAUCCUUGCAGAUCCAGGCUCAGGAAGUCAAUGAAGGCAAGCCACUUCCCAGACCCUCAGAGCCCAGGAUAGCUGAAUUCCAAGAGACUCAAAAUGUCCGCCUUCAACCAAGACCAGAAAGAGAAGGCCUCACUGAAGACUCGUGGAGCACUUCUGGCAAAACAAGUUCAAACAUUUUAUCUCUCCAGACUAUUUCUGAAAGCACCAGAAGGCAAGAUAACCUGGAGACGGGACAAAUGGGACCUCAAGAGGGAAACCCUGACAGUAGACCAGCCUGUCUCAUCAAAAUGAAUAAAAUGGAACAAGAGCCCAAAAAGACAGUACUUGACCGAUGGGACCAUUCAGACUGGCAAGCUUCCCAUGUAAGACCUGAGGGAGGAACUAAAGGAUCACCCCCUUUCCAUAAUUCUGAACCAAGAUAUGAGGUCCAUGGGCAGGCAUCCAACCUGACUCAGAGGCGACGUAGUUCAAGCAAUGCCCUCCAGAACUCUCAUUUGGGGAAACUCCACUGCUCUGUGUUGGAGAAGGUCAAUAAGAUUGAACAACGUGAACAAGGGACCCGGAGACCCGCAAGUGUGAGCAGCUACAGCCACAGAGCCAACAAGCUAGAACAGACACCCAGUAAUAGAGGCUCUGUGAUCAGCCUUGAAGACCCUCAGGGUGAAAUGGGUUUCCUGGAACCAGGUCCAUCCACUGGAUGUGUCGAGGAGAACAUGAUCAAAGAGGGUAAGAAAAAAUCUGAAGGGGUUUCCUGGCAUCCAGCUGAACAUCAACUGAAAAGGGGUGGAAAUGGUAGUUAUGGACCCACACAUCCAGAGACUAAGCCACUCAGAAGUACUCCUCUCCUACAACGCAGCCAGAGCACCUUCCAGCUUUCCAACAAGAUGGAGGAGGAAACCCCAUGGAGAGAAGAGAGGACUAAUAGUCCUGAAUCACCACUUCUCGAGGUCCCCUUAAACCAAGCCUAUCGUAACAGUAUCAAACAUGCUCAGUCCCGUGUCCUGGGAGCCACUUCAUUCCAACGCCGGGAUCUUGAUCUGGGUCCCCCCAUACCAUCUCAGUCAAGGCGAGGAGCAAGGCAGAGACCAGCUUCUGCCCACUUGGGGCUAAAGAGCCCAGAAAUAACACCGAUUCCUGCUUCGCCUCAUAUCCCCAAGGAACGACAUAGCAUCAAUCCAGUCGAGGGAAGCCCCCCCAAGGAAGACCCAAUAGCCAUGGUGACCCGGGUUGGAGGCCGGAGAAGACUGACUGCUGAACAAAAGAAGCGUUCCUAUUCAGAACCUGAGAAGAUGAAUGAAGUGGGGGUAUCUGGGACAGAAGAGCCGUCCCCCUGCUAUUCCCAGAGGAGGGACCUGCCAUUUGGCUUCCCAGAGAACACUGUGGCAGACAGGCGCCGCAUCUUUGAGAGGGAGGGGAAAGCUUGCUCCACCCUUAACCUUUCCAGGCCUGAGUUGAAGCAACUACAGCAGACUGCCCUGGCUGACUACAUUCAACGCAAAACUGGAAAGAGGCCAUCUCCUUCUGCCAGUCACCGACGGGAAAGCCGCAGCCUCACUGCAGCCUCAAGUAUGAAUUCCUUGCAGGAACAAAACCCCUUCCCCAGGAGAGGGUCUGCCACCCUGCCCACAGAAUUGGUCAGAAACUUGGACAGAAACAGCCUUGAAAUGCGGGGUGUACGAGAUCGGAGUAGUUCCUUUGCCAACAACCAUCUCCGUGCUGAAAGGCACUGGCAUCCCAAGAGGGAAUCACCACGGGUGGAUUGGCUCGGAGAGGCCAGUGGCCAGCCCAGUCUUCCACAGAAAGUGAACUGGACCCAUGAGAAGCAAGCUGCCCUGGUAACUAAAACCAGGGGGCCAGGAAAGUCCAUGUCGGCCGAAGAUCUGCUAGACAGGUCAGAUGUUCUGACUGUCCCUUUCCAUUCGAGGUCCAGGUCAUCCCCCAUCUCAGAUAAGAAAUGUCAGGAUUUGCUUCUGAGGGGAAAUAUUGAUCACAACCUUCUUGGAAAGACUCCAUCCUGCACAGCUGGCCCUGGAUCCAGGCAGUUUAAUUAUUCAGAAAGAAGCUAUGAAGAGAAAUCAUCUCUUACACAUCACCCAGGGCCUCACAAAGUACCAAAUGGAUCAUCUGUUCUCAUGGAAUGUUCCAAGACCCUAGAACCUCAAAGGCCUAUCAACAGAUCUCCAGCCUUUGGGCCAUCACCAGGAGGAAGGCAAGGUCCUUUCAUAGACGCAAAAUCCUCACAGAUUAACCCUUUUAAAUCAGCUCAGACCAACUCCACCUAUCCUUCUCAGCCUUACCUGUAUGCAGACAGAGAUGCCCCAGCUGGUAGGCAAUCUUCUCCAAUGGACACACCUGCAGCUGUCUUCAGAAAUAAUGGUCACAUCCUGACACAGUCCCAUAAUCCAAGAGACCUUGAAGACAACUGCCUUGAGAGUUUAGCCGAAAAUGGAAUGAAGAAAAAUAAGGGACCUCUACCUCAGAAGCCUCCUCCCUCUCGAGUGAAAUGGGCCCACUCACUCAGAGACGACAACUCAGUGGAGCCCUCUUCAUCUUCUGGGGUACCAAGUCAGAAGCACUAUGAGCAACGCCAGAGCCUCCCCAACCCAAACACUACAUCUAACCCCAACAGUCCCCUAGGACUCUUCACCGGGCCUGGAAAGAUCUCCCUCAGAAUAUCUGAAUCAGCCUUUCAAGCCAUCCCAUCCCUUCAGGACGAAGGUGAUGAUGACGUGUUUGUGCAAGAUUUGAGACCCAGUUCCACUUUCAAAACUCUGUCCAUGUUACCCCCACCACCACCAUCACCCCCUCCACCUCCUCCUCCUUCACCUCCUUCACCUCCUUCUGAGGACCGGAAAACACUGAGGAACAGCUUGGAAGAGUUUCCUCCUCCUCCUUCCCCAAUUAUAUAUGAAGCAUCAGGAGCCCCAACCAAUGAAACUUAUGAAGACACCUGUACCAGCAAUUCCACAAGAUUGUCCAAGUUGACGAUUGCAGAUUCUCAAAGGAGCAGCCCAACCCCAGCUUCUAAAUCCAACAUUUUCAUCAAAGCUCUAGGAGCUAAGCAGACAACCUCAUUACCCACUCCUGAUGGCCAGCACCAGUCGACCGGAACUCAUGUGGAGCACUCUAGCCCAGAGCAGAUGCUUUCCACACAGGCCCAAAGUCUCAACCAGAAGCCUGGCAACCCGACUCAGGAAGUGGAAAAGAGCAAUCCCAGCCCUGAGAAAACACCAGAGGACAUCAGGAGAGAGAGUUUGGUCAAGCAGAUUGUUCACCAAGACAAAUCCCUUGCCGGUAUUUUGGAUCCAGAUUCCAGAAUGAAGACUACCAUGGACCUGAUGGAAGGUUUGUUUCCACAAGGCCCAGGUUCCCUGAAGGAAAGCAAUACACAGCGAAAGGCAAUACAAAGAAGUACCAGUUUCCCAGUAUCUGAAGGGAGUAGGAGCACGGAGAAAGAAAGAGUGGGAAUGUUGAUCAACUGUCCUGCCUAUUAUAAUGUGUCUGCACCAAAGGCGGAGCUUCUAAAUAAACUCAAAUCCAUGCCUGCAGAGGGAAAUGAGGAUGAUGACCAACUAGAUGUCAAUGAAAAGAAGGCAAAACUCAUCGGAAGCCUGAAGCUUAAACUGGAGUCACUGAAAGAAGCAAAGGAAAGUUUGCUAAUGGACAUCAAGCUCAAUAAUGCCCUUGGAGAAGAAGUAGAAGUUUUGAUCAGGAAACUCUGCAAGCCCAAUGAAUUUGACAAAUACAAGAUGUUCAUAGGAGACCUGGACAAGGUUGUGAACCUUUUGCUCUCCCUCUCUGGACGAUUGGCCCGAGUAGAAAAUGUCCUCAGUGGAUUGGGUGAAGAUGCAAAUAAUGAAGAGCGGAGCUCUCUAAAUGAGAAGAAAAAGAUGUUGGCUGGCCAGCAUGAAGAUGCUCGGGAGCUCAAGGAGAACCUGGACCGGAGAGAACGUGUGGUUUUGGACAUCUUAUCCAAUUACCUCACUAAGGAGCAACUCCAGGACUACCAACAUUUUGUGAAAAUGAAGUCAACACUUCUGAUCGAGCAGCGGAAAUUAGAUGACAAGAUCAAACUAGGCCAGGAGCAGCUCAACUGCUUAUUGGAAAGUCUUCCCAGGGACUUCUUCUCCAGGGCCAGAGCCCCUGCUACGGUUCCGCCUCCUGAAGCCAGGGUGACCUCCACUGGGAGCUGUGCGCUCAGAAACGUGCUUCCAACACUGACUUCUUCACUAUAGCUCUCCUAAAAGACCCAAUGAAAAACUCAUCUCUAUUCUCAAGAUUAUUUAAACUGAUCAAUUUUCAAAUUACAGUCCACUAAAAAAAUUAUGGGCUUUUGGCAUUUUUAAUGGGGAAUGGAGGGGAAGAUAACCACAGGAAAAUGAAGUUCUGAGUUUGUUUGUUUUUCCCUUCUCCCAGCUACCCAAAAUAUAAUCCUUUCUAUUUUUCCAUGGUAGAAAGAAAAGUAAUGAAACUGUGGGUUGGUUAAAGGGUGGUUGAUUCUUUAGUUUUUAACCAGACUGGGUCAACAUUAAACAAGUAAGUUUCACCUUCAGGAAUGUGUCUUGGUCUGCCUUCUGGGCAAAAUGCCCUAUAUAUGAUAGAGUAGCAUUAUGCAAUAAAGAAGAAUUUGUAACAUAAAGUCUUUUAAAAAAUAUGAAGAGAAAGGGGGAAAUACCCUAAACAUUGUCACUAUUUAUAUUUUUUAAACGAAUGAGGUUGUAUAAAUGUUUGUUUAUAUGCUAAUCAGUUACUUGACUCUGGUGGACACAGCAAAUCCUAUUGGAAUGAUGCCUUUGGUAAAAAAUAAAAACAAACAAACAAAAAAACUUUAAUGAGACAAAAAAUCCCAAAGAUAAUUACAUGGAGUAUGGGAAUUUGUGUUCCCACAUCCCUCUUCCCCAAAGCUCUUUCUCUUCCCCCAACUUCUGUCUCUGUCUCUCUUUCCUAUGUGUCUCUCUCCCCACUCCCAUCACUCUCUGUCUUUCUGUGUCUUUCUUGCUCCCUCUCACCCUUAUCUCUCCCUCUUUGUGUCUCUUUUUCUCUUCUGUCUGCCUCUUCCGAACUGUUUUGUGCUCUUUCUCCUCCCACUUUAGUCACCUGUCUUUCUUUCUCUUUCUGUCUCUGUCUCUCCUUGGGUCUCGGUUUCUUUCUCUCUCUCUCUCUCUCUCCUCUCUCUCUCUCUCUCUCUCUCUCUCUCUCUUUGUCUAAGUGAUCUAAGAGAAACAGCAGCAAAGAGGAAAUUCUGUUCCUGCUUAGGGUCCCCU